AUGGAACAACAUGACAUUAUCCUUAUUGUCUAUAAGCGUGAUGACGAGCAAGCCCAGGUCGAGCCUAACAGGAGCGUCAAACUGGACCACCGCAAUGCGGUUGCAGAUAGGUGUGGCGGUGCUGGAGGCCCGACGUCAAGGUUGAGAGACCUCGAGAUCUAG